GAGCGCGCACACCCAGGGACGCGCACGUGGCUGGCUGCUUCUCGGAGCGGAGGAGGGGUUCACGGUGAGGGGCUCAUCAAGCUUUGACAUUUGUGCUGGCCAGUUCUGAAAUCUCCUUUAAGGGCACUGCAUUGACGAAGAUCAAAGCAGAAGUCUUUGCCAAUUAAGGAAUGGACCGUUUGGGUUCCUUUAGCAGUGAUCCCUCUGAUAAGCCACCUUGCCGAGGCUGCUCCUCCUACCUCAUGGAGCCUUAUAUCAAGUGUGCAGAAUGUGGGCCACCUCCUUUUUUCCUCUGCUUACAGUGUUUCACUCGAGGAUUUGAGUACAAGAAACAUCAAAAUGAUCAUACUUAUGAAAUAAUGACCUCAGAUUUUCCUGUUCUUGACCCCAGUUGGACUGCCCAAGAAGAAAUGGCCCUUUUAGAAGCUGUGAUGGACUGUGGCUUUGGAAAUUGGCAGGAUGUAGCCAAUCAGAUGUGUACCAAGACCAAGGAGGAGUGUGAGAAGCACUAUAUGAAACAUUUCAUCAACAACCCUCUCUUUGCAUCUACCCUGCUGAACCUGAAGCAAGCAGAGGAGGCAAAAGCUGCUGACACAGCCAUUCCAUUUCACUCUGCAGAUGACCCUCCCCGACCUACCUUUGACUCUUUGCUUUCUCGGGACAUGGCAGGAUACAUGCCAGCUCGAGCAGAUUUCAUUGAGGAGUUUGACAAUUACGCAGAGUGGGACUUGAGAGACAUCGAUUUUGUUGAAGAUGACUCGGACAUUUUACACGCUCUGAAGAUGGCCGUAGUAGAUAUUUACCAUUCCAGGUUAAAGGAGAGACAAAGGCGAAAAAAAAUUAUAAGAGAUCAUGGAUUAAUCAACCUGAGGAAGUUUCAGUUAAUGGAACGGCGGUAUCCCAAGGAGGUCCAAGACCUUUAUGAAACAAUGAGGCGAUUUGCAAGGAUUGUGGGACCCGUGGAGCACGACAAGUUCAUUGAAAGCCAUGCACUUGAAUUUGAACUCCGAAAGGAAAUCAAGAGGCUCCAGGAAUACAGGACAGCAGGCAUUACCAAUUUUUGUAGUGCCAGAACCUAUGAUCACCUCAAGAAGACGCGAGAGGAGGAGCGCCUUAAACGCACCAUGCUUUCCGAAGUCCUCCAGUACAUCCAGGACAGCAGUGCUUGCCAGCAGUGGCUCCGCCGGCAAGCUGACAUUGAUUCCGGCCUGAGUCCUUCUGUUUCGAUGGCUUCGAAUUCAGGUAGACGAAGUGCGCCACCCUUGAACCUCACAGGCCUCCCUGGCACAGAGAAGCUGAAUGAAAAAGAAAAGGAGCUCUGUCAGAUGGUGAGGUUGGUCCCAGGAGCCUACUUAGAAUACAAAUCUGCUCUGUUGAACGAAUGUAACAAGCAAGGAGGCUUGAGACUGGCACAAGCAAGAGCGCUCAUCAAGAUAGACGUGAACAAAACCCGGAAAAUCUAUGAUUUCCUCAUUCGAGAAGGAUACAUCACUAAAGCCUGAGGCUCUAUGGGCUUGGGAUCUGAAGUCACAAGUUUGGAAUGUGGUGGACCAAAGGACAGUAUGGAUAUUCUUGAGAUGAAUUCUCAUUACAAAAAGAGGGAAAAGGACAUAGGAAACCUUAUGUUGUAAUAAUGUCUACUUUAUUCUCCACCCUGCUUUAAAGCACUGUUGUUGUUGGUAUUGUGCUGCAGAGUUGUGCUAGAGAAGCUGUUAUUAAAUGUGAGUGGGCAUUCUUUCCCAACACCUCUUACAGCUAAAACAAGAACCAUAGUACCUCACAUGACAGUGUUGGUAGAAAUAGAACUAAAUCAGUCUUUAGUCCCAGGGGUCCAGCCCAGACCCUUGUACUUGAGUGGUUGAGUUUAUCUGUUUUGCCUUUAAACAAUACAGACAGAUUUAAAGAGAAAGGUUAUAGAGCACAAGAAAGCUUUCUGUUUCUCUUCUGAGGAUUUUUUAAGUUGACAACUUAUGUUUUCGAGCAAAGGGGAGGAAACUAUUCUCAUGGUGGUCUUGUCCCCAAAUGGAUUUUUUUCUUUAUUUUUAUUGUUGACGCUAUUACAUAUGUCCCCAUUUCCUCCCCACUUUGCCUUCCUCCACCCAGUCCCCUCCCCCACUCCACCCCAAAACUGCAUCUUUAACUUUAAUGUCUGGCUUUGUACUUUGCAGUCUGUCUAAUCUGCAGUAGGCUUUUGAGGAGGUGGCAUUGGAUGUAAAAUGUCUCUCUUAUUUUUAGAAUUAAUGGAUUAAAAUGUUUUGCUGCUUAAUUUGUGGGUGUGUCAAAUAUUCUGGUAACUAAAGCACAGUUAAGGUGUUGGAUGCCCGCCUCAUCAUGCUGCACUGUCUCUCCUGGCAUGUGUGUCCUGGACUCACCCUGUUCUUACCCUGGGUUUCCCAGGGUACCAGGCCCCUGAGGACGGGGAUGAUGCAACGAACCUCCCCUUUACUUGGAUUGAGACCCGAACCCUAAUUUCUUAAUGGGGAAAGGCUAGCCUGCAA